AUGCCACGAGGACAGAAGAGUAAGCAUCGUUCUCGUGCCAAGCGUCAACUAGCUCGUAUUGAGAGACAGAUUCUUGAGGAUGCACAGAACAUUGCAGGAGAGGGGGCAGAGUCCCCACCCUCCCCUCCUCCUGUUGAUGAGAGUGCUCCCCCCACCUACCCUUCUGUCUGUAAUUCCCAUCAGUCUCAGGGAGAAAAAUCCUAUGAAUCUUUGGAUGCAGGGGCUUGCUGCAGUGGUUCUAAUGUGGGUGCAGAGGGUGUUGAUAAAGGUACAGAUGAGGAAAGUUCCACAGCCUUUCAGGAGGAAUGCUCCACUCAGAUCCUGUGUAGAGACUCUCUUGAUUGGAAAACAAAUAGAUUGAUGCAGUACAUGCUAGAGAGGUUUAAAAGGAAUGAGUGCUUUACACAGGCAGAUAUGCAGAAGAUCACGAAAGGGAAGUACAAACAGAAGUUCCCUGCAUUCUUUAAGAAAGCAUCUGAGUACCUCGAGUUGAUUUUUGGCAUUGAGGUGAAAGAAAUAAGUCCCAAGAGUGAAACCUACACCCUGAUCAACAAAUUACGCCUCUUCAAUGACAGCAGUCUGAGUGGCAAAUGGAGAUUUCCCAAAACAGGCCUGGUGAUGAUACUCCUGGGUGUGAUCUUUAUGAAGGGCAAUAGUGCCAGUGAGGAAGAGAUCUGGGAAUUCCUUAAUUCAUUGGGGAUAUAUGCUGGGAGGAAGCAUUUAAUUUUUGGGGAGCCUCAAAAGCUCAUCACCAAAGAUUUGGUACAGGAUGGGUACCUGGAAUACUACCAGGUACCUGGCAGUAAUCCUCCCAUCUAUGUGUACACGUGGGGUUUCAGAGCCUAUGCUGAAACUACCAAGAUGAAAGUCCUGGAGGUCUUGGCCAAGAUCACUGAUAGUGAACCUAGUUCUUUCCCUUUCCUGUAUGAGCAAGCUUUGAGAGAGGAGGAAGAGAGAAAAGAAGAGAGUGCUGAAGAGGAAAAUAGCACUUGUGGGCAGGCCAGGGUUCCUUCCCAUGCUAGGUCCCACAAGUCCUCUCACAUUUAG